AUGACACGCUGGCCCGUUGAAGGGACACUGCCUCUGACUGAGCAAUGUCACCACUACGAAGAUAUCAAUGAAGUCCCUUCAGAUCUUCAAAAAUACUGGCAUCAACGCUACUCAAUAUUCAACUUCUACGACUACGACAUCCGCAUGACAGACGCCGCCUGGUUCGGCGUGACCCCCGAGCCGGUGGCUACACAAAUCGCCAAGGACAUCCCCUCUCACAACCAUUCCACCCCGCGCAAAGACACCAUCAUUGACCUGUUCGCCGGCGCAGGCGGCAACACUAUCGCUUUCGCCCUCUCCGAGAAGUGGAAGCGCGUCAUUGCCAUCGAGAAGGACGCGGCGACCCUGGCUUGCGCGCAGCACAACGCCGCCAUCUACGGCGUCGCAGACGCCAUCACCUGGGUGCACGGCGACAGUCUCGACUUUCUUGCCCGUCUUAAGAUCCCAGGCAGCGGUAAGUCCAAGGGCAAAGGGAAAGCACUCGAACUUGAUCCAUCCCUGUGGGUCGAUUUCUCGAGGACCGUCCUCUUCGCCUCGCCGCCCUGGGGAGGCGUGAGUUACCGCGGCCAAGACGUGUUUGACCUCAGCACCAUGGAGCCGUACAACCUCGAGACGCUGCACGAGGCCUGCCGGCCGAUGGAGCACGCGCUGUAUCUGCCGCGGACGAGCGAUCUGAGGCAGAUCGCCGAGCUGGUACCGGAUGGCACAAAGAUCGAGGUGGUACAGUACUGCAUGGAGGGCGCAAGCAAGGCCAUGGUGGCGUAUAUGCCCGCUGAAUGA